AUGGGCCUUCUUGGCUUCGUGCUCAUGUGCCAAUACAGCGGCAAUCUGUUCGUCCAGCUCACCUUCUAUAUUCUCAGCGAAUACUCAUUCGCUUCCGCCGCCGCCGCCGUCGUCGUCGUCGUCGACCAACUCGACCGCUGCUCCGCAAUGAGCACCAUUUGUCAAUUGCUAACCAUUCCAGCGACUAUUUAUGAUGGCUAUUCGAUUCAAGAUGUCGAAUGCAUCGACAUGUCGCGAUCGGUCGACUCGAGCACUUCACGCAUCAUUUCGUCGCCAAUGUCGAGUUUUGUGACGCCGUCGACGUCGUUCGCCGCCAAUCAGAUGCAUGACAUCUACUCAUUGGCAAUGCUGACUCCUCCGCCGCCAUACUCGGCGCCAUCAUUCCCGCACGCCGUCCAUCAUGCCUCUCAGCUUCUUCUUCUUCAUAAAAUGACUUUUUGUUUUGAGACCACAGAAGACUCGGAUAUCGAUGUUGUCGGCUUGUCGGAAACGACGAAAGAGGUCUCGCUGAAUGAUAAAGAUGAGGAUAUUGUGGAUGAUACGCAGCCACUCGAUUUGACUAACAAACCCCAUCGACCGACGGUAAUUGUGGAUCAUCACGCAGCCCCGAAUCCGAGACCUCACGCAUCCGUUCGUCGAUCGGUGUCAUCGGUGUCGUCGACGUCGACCAACGACGACAUCGCCGCGCAUUUUCGACGAUCGCUUUCCGGAAAAUGGCCGAAACGCAACAAAACCGACGAGGCGCGCAAUUCGCCGCUUCGCCGACGGACCUCGUUCAACACCUCGUCGCUGUCGAUCUCGCCAACGCCACCGCCGACGGCUGCAACGACGCCGACGCAAACCAUCAUCGUCAAUAAUUAUACAGACACAUCCCUCUCGGUCGCCGAUCAUUUCCGACGCGCCUUGUACGGCAAACGAGGCGGCGAAUCGGCAAAGAAAUCGAACGUCGUCGACGCGGCGCGUCAUUAA